CCAUUGCACGGACCGGAAGCGCCCGGCGGACACGUGACUCGGGCUGCCCACGGAAGUGGGGUUGCCGUGACAGCGGAAAGCUCCAGGCUCCGGGUGUCCGUUGCUGACUGGGAGCUGCUUUCCGACCUAGGCCUCGCCUCGGCGCCCCCACCGUCCCUGCCUGGAAGGCGACGCCCGCCGCCCGAGGGAUGGAGCGCGCCGCCGCCAUGACGGACAUGUACGACCAGGCGCUGCUGGGUAUCCUGCAGCAUGUGGGCAACGUCCAGGAGUUCCUCCGCAUCCUCUUCGGCUUCCUCUACCGCAAGACCGACUUCUACCGCCUCCUGCAGCAGCCGGGGGACCGGCUCGGCUUCCCGCCCGGCGUGGCGAAGAGCAUGACCCUCGCGGCAUUCAAGAACUUUGAACAUCUGGCUCGUCAGGAUGACCAGAGAAGACAGCAAGAACUUGAAGAGAAGCUGAAGAAAAGAGAGGAGGACAUGGCAGCUGCAACAGAGAGGGCGAAGGUGCCCGCUGUAGCAGAGGAGGUCGAGAUCAACUCGGCAGUGGAGCAUGACUCUGUGUUGGAGGGUGGGAAACCUGCUGAAUUGCAGGAGCCUGUGGCAGCAGAGGAGAAAGCAGAAGCAGAAGCCACUAAUGCAGCAGUGGAGCCAGCAGGAGCUACCGCUGCUGUCGCCAUCCAAACUCAGCCAGCAGAACCAUCCGAGAAACAAGAGCAGUUCCAGGCAAAUCCUGACAGUUACAAUGGAGCUGUGCGAGAGAACUACACCUGGUCCCAAGACUACAGUGACCUGGAGAUUAAAGUGCCCGUGCCCAAAGACAUUCGGAAAGGCAGGCAGGUUUCUGUGGACAUAGGCAGUAGUUCAAUCCGUGUGGCCGUGUUGGAGGGAAGUGGGCAGAGGGUGCUCAUGGAAGGCACUCUCACCCACAAGAUAAACACAGAGAACUCUGUCUGGAGCCUGGAGCCAGGGAAGUGUAUCCUAAUUAACCUAAGUAAGGUAGGCGAAUACUGGUGGAGUGCCAUUUUAGAAGGAGAGGAACAAAUUGACAUUGAUAAAAUCAACAAGGAGCGUUCAAUGGCCACCGUGGAUGAAGAAGAGCAUGCUGUGCUGGACAGGCUGACUUUCGACUACCACCAGAAGCUGCAGGGCAAGCCACAAAGCCACGAGACGAAAGUCCAUGAGAUGCUCAAGAAGGGCUGGGAUGCUGAAGGCUCCCCAUUUCGAGGCCAGAAGUUUGAUCCCUCCAUGUUCAGCAUCUCUCCUGGGGCUGUGCACUUUUGAUGAUGGCCAUGAAACUGGGGGAUCGCCUACAUUCUUGGGACAGUGGAAUAAAACCAGUGCCACUGCCA